ACUCAGAAGGUAGGUGUAGAUUCCCUGGUGUGUUAGGUGAGUAAAUAAAAUGGCUGCAUCAGCCGUGCAGACGUUGUGAGUCGUGGUUCCGAUCAGGACCACUGUAUAAAAGUCUGAGCUUCUACGGUGAACCACAUCGCAUCAAAUCGCCCCGAGUAUAUAAAUCGCACGCACUCACUCCACUUUACAUGCACUGGAGUGUGACGAUGGCAGGCUGCCGACUGCUGAGACGUUUAUGCAUAACAGCGCUGCACCUGUGGACUUUGUCUGCAUGAGCAGGUCGAGAAGCUCCUCUCUCCGCAGGUCACUCGAGUUCAGUUGCUGCUAUAAACAAGAGGCCAUUACAGGGCGGAGAGGAGAAGAGCCCAGAAGCUGUUCGGACUGGCCCGGAGAGCCUCAGACAUGUUCUACAGGUCGCUCUUAAGGACUGGACUGCUCGUAUGGAGGCAGGAACAGCAGACUGCGCUGAAACGUGCCCCGUCCGCUUUGACGAGUGUGCGCGAGCGGCGACACAGUACCUCCAACACAGCGAUGACCGGGAAUAAACUGAAGAGCAUGCAGGACCUGGGUGGACCCAGCUUUUUAACAUCGCUGUACUGGCUCUUUGGGAAAGGCUACUUCCAGAUAACUCACCAAAUGCAGAUUGAGCACAGCAAAAUCUACGGGUCACUGUGGAAGUCCAAAUAUGGACCGAUGGUGAUCGUGAAUGUGGCCAGUGCAGAGCUCAUAGAGCAGGUCCUGAGGCAGGAGGGUCGACACCCCAUUCGCACCGACAUGCCCCACUGGAGGACCUACCGGGAGCUCCGCAAGCAGGCCUAUGGUCCUCUCACAGGGAUAGGAGCAGAAUGGCAGCGCAUCAGAAGCAUCCUCAAUCCUCGUAUGUUGAAGCCCAAACAUGUGUCUUCCUACACUAAUGCCAUCAACGAGGUGGUGACUGACUUCAUAGAGAAGGUGGACUGGCUUAGGACGACAAAAGGCAAUGGUGUAAUGGUGCAUGACGUAGCAGGGGAGCUCUACAAGUUUGCGUUUGAAGGAAUAUGCUCAGUGCUGUUUGAGACGCGGAUGGGUUGUCUGAAUGAGGUGGUUCCAGAAGACACACAGAAGUUCAUCUUCUCUGUUGGAGAGAUGUUCCGCCUCUCCCCCAUCAUCGUCCUCUUUCCUAAGUCUCUGUGGUCCUACAUGCCCUUUUGGAAGCAUUUUGUGGCUGUGUGGGACCACCUAUUCAAAGUAGCGGAUGAUCUGGUUCAGAAGAAGAUGGCAGAGAUUCAGGAGAAGGUAAAGCAGGGUCUGCCAAUAGAGGGAGAGUACCUCACUCACCUGCUGAUCAGUGAGCAGAUGUCCCCCACAGAGGUGCUAGGCAGCAUCACUGAGAUUCUGCUGGGCGGAGUCGACACCACAUCUAACACUAUCUCUUGGGCUCUGUAUCACUUGGCUCAAGAACCAGAAAUCCAGCAGAGGCUACAUGAUGAAGUGAUCAGUGUUUGCCCAGGUGACAAAGUGACUUCCAGCGAGGACAUCAGCAAGAUGCCUUUGCUGAAGGCUGUUGUUAAAGAGACCCUUCGGCUAUACCCUGUGGUGCCAGGAAAUGCUCGUGUCAUUGCUGAAAAUGAAAUAGUGGUGGGUGGCCACCUCUUCCCUAAAAAUACUCUGUUCCAUUUGUGUCACUAUGCGGUGUCCUAUGAUGAGAAGAUAUUUCCUGAGCCUCAAGCAUUCUUACCUCAGCGCUGGCUGCGGGGGGAGAAGCAGUUAAGCCAGCAUCCGUUUGGUUCUGUUCCCUUUGGUUUUGGCAUCCGUGCCUGUCUGGGCCGCAGAUUGGCUGAGCUGGAAAUGUACCUCAUCCUGUCCCGGGUAAUUAAACACUACGAAGUGCGUCCAGAUCCUACAGGAAAGAGUGUGAAGCCAAUCACUAGAACUCUCCUGGCACCGGCCACGCCAAUGAACCUUCAGUUUCUUGACAGACAGCCCGUCCAAGCACAGGCAGCUGCUUGAUGGAAGACCACUGAAAUUUCUAACCAACCAUUUCCUGGCAAAUCUGAAGUUCUAACCAAUUAAUUUCCUUAUGCAUUACCUUUGUUCUAGUAUGUACUAAAGGACUGGUUUACAUUGUUUAGAUGGUUUACAAGAAAUGGAUUUAACUACUAACUACAAACUAAUUUUUUAUGACCUUCAUGCCUUUUAGUUAAAUAAUAUAUGUAUUUGUAAACGUUGCAUUUUACAUUGUCCACACACUUCCACACAUUUUGGAAAUAGUAAACUUUUUUUUUACAGAAUCAUUUCAGUAGUAAAGUGCACAAGCCAGAGAGCACCCAUCGUAUAUUUAAUUUCCAGUCAAAAUGGCCAUUACAAGCUGGUAAGUCCAUUGUUCUGAGAACACAAGCAGCUUUUUUGUUUGAUUUUCUGAUUUUUUGGUUCUAUACAGAUUUUCUUAAAGGGUUCUAUUAGCACCAAAAAGCAUUCUUCUAUAAUUUUGAUGUCAAAUGUAUAAGAAUAGCAGAAUCCUUUUUGGUGCUAUGUAUGUACCUUUUCAAAAAGGUUCUAUUAGAACCACCUGCAGAACAUUUUUCAUCAAACUGAAUUCUUUCAUGAUGCAAAGAAUCCUUUAAGCAUGCAAGCAUGUUUAGGUGUUUAUGAUUGUUUAUCUGAUAGUGACAGUUUUGGUAGUCUGCCAGGUCUUACACAACUGACUUUCUUCUUCUAUGCAAGUGGACUUUAUAUAUAACGGGUUUGAUGGGAAAUUAAAUAAAUGAAGGGUGGUCUCUGACAUUUGCACACCAUUGUACAAUUGGCUAAUCAUCUGUUCAUGUCAGAUAAAUGGCUAAGAAUUAGAGAAAAGGCAAUAGAAUGUGGAACCUUUAUGGCGUAUAUGUUAUGUGCUGUAUGGCUGUAGUGGGCACAGUACUGUCUAAAUGAGACUGCGGUUAAUAGUUGUAAAUAAGACACAAUGUCAGAGAAAAGCUGACAAAGUGACAGUUUGCUUCAGUAUUGUCUAUUUGUACAGGCCUUAAAUAAGAGCCCUGUGAAUAGCGUGUGUUCUGCAGUUGAUCGGAAGUGGACACGGUAUGUUGAUGACGUGGUAAGUCAAGAACUGUUUUCAGUCAUCAGUACUGUUCUGAAGGAGCAUAUUGAAAAUUUGUCCCACAAGUCUCCAUUUGAAUGUUACAGAUAAGUAAAGUUCUACACAUUCUAGAAGCAUAUUCCCAUGAACUUCCCAAGAUCUACAGAAUAGCAGAGACAAACAUAGACCUGCUGAAGUCUAUGAAUGUAACCUCCUUUUGAGAGUUUUUGCAUUUGAAGAAUGCUUACAUGAAGUUUCCAUGUAACUGUCUGAUCUGAGACAAUAGCUUUUAAAUAUGUCAGAUAAUGGGUUUGUAGGAUUCAGUGUUGUCAGAGGUUUCAAAACUAGUUUUCCCAUCUAAAAUAUACAAAAGGUAUUGUUCUUGAUCUAACUCUUUUAAUAAGUGCACUGUUAAAAGCUCAUGAGCUUGUUGAAAUUACUGAUAAUAAUAGCAUAUAGAGUGAA